AUGGCUUGUUGCCUUAUGUGUAGAAAGGACAUCAAACAGACUAUUGAAGUUCCAGGAGGAAAUAAGGUGAAAGCUUUUUCUUACAGUGAGCUGAGAAAAGCCACACAUGAUUUUAGUGGAGCCAACAAGCUUGGCGAAGGCGGUUUUGGUUCUGUGUUCAGGGGAAGGCUUAAAGACGCCACAAUUGUUGCGGUAAAGGUGCUUUCUGCCCAUUCAAAGCAAGGCAUCCAAGAGUUCUUUACUGAACUUACAGCAAUUUCUGAUAUUGUGCAUGAAAACCUGAUCACCUUAGUCGGUUGCUGCGCUGAGGGACCCCAUAGGAUCCUUGUAUACAACUAUCUUGAAAACAAUAGCCUUGCACAUACACUGCUAGGUAAGGGUUAUAGCAGCAUUCGAUUCAACUGGAGAGUCCGUGUUAAAAUUGCUGUAGGUGUUGCCCAUGGGCUUGCAUUUCUUCACGAAGAAAUCCAUCCUCCCAUAAUCCACCGGGACAUAAAGGCAAGCAAUAUUCUGCUUGACAAGGAUCUCACACCCAAAAUUUCUGAUUUUGGGUUGGCAAGGCUCCUCCCUCCAAAUGCAACUCAUGUGAGCACCCGCGUUGCAGGUACAAUAGGAUACCUGGCUCCUGAAUAUGCAGUUAGAGGGCAAGUGACAAAGAAGUCAGAUAUUUAUAGUUUUGGUGUUUUGCUAUUGGAAAUUGUUAGUGGCAGGUGUAACCACAAUAAUAGAUUGCCUUAUGAAGACCAAUUUCUGCUCGAGAGGACAUGGACAUGUUAUGAACAAGGACAGCUCGAGAAGAUGAUAGAUGCAGAUCUAGAAGAUGACCUAGACUCCGACGAGGCAUGCCGAUUCUUGAAAGUUGGUCUUCUGUGCACUCAAGACGCGAUGAAACUCCGUCCCAACAUGACCAACGUCGUCCGGAUGCUGACCGGAGAAAAAGAUGUCUCCAUGGAGAGGAUCACCAAGCCUGCUGUGAUCGGUGACAUGGGAGACAUCAAGGUCAACAACCAGCAGAGACCAGGCGACUCGCAAUCUGAACCAUCCACAAUCAUAUCAUCAGAAGCAACAGCAGAGUCAUCGCACAAGUGCGUGUUCGGUUGA